AUGAUGGGGGCUCACUCAGCAUUGAUCCAAGUGGCGGACUACGUGGCCCAGAAUUCUCCGCCAAACAUGAGCUUUCGGGACCUUAUGCACUACGACAUGUUUGCCGGGGCACGAAACAUGCAAAGAGCAUACUGUGCCUUGUUUGCACUAAGUGACUAUAUGGAUAUGACACUUCGCAUCGACGAUGAUAUCUGCACCACGGUUGGCUUUAUAUCAGCUGUUCGCUGCAUCUUGAAGCUGAAGCCUCUGGCCUUGGCAACAAUUGGAUUGCCCUGUGGAUCCUUUGUUUGGAUUAAUUCAGCAACAUCAAAGAGAUCAGCAGCACGUCCUUAUGGCAAUGAAGAUCUGCCACAUGUCGCCAAAGGCAACAAGAUUGCAGCACGGGUGUGCUUGUUGCUUCUUUUGCUCACGGCACGACGAGUUCUCUUCAUGCUUGAACAACCGUUUUCUUCCAAGCUGGAGUUGCUGCCGUUUGUGCGUGAUGUGUUCGACAUGAUCAGCGAGGUUAUCCCUGUACACAGGGUGUUCUUUUGGAUGGGCAACUAUGGACACUUCAGCUGCAAGGGCUCCCUAGCCUACAGCAACCUGCCCUUUAUUGGACGUUUGGGCAAGAAGCUGUCCAAUGCACGUCGAGAAAGGCUCCGUCUUUCCUCACAUGGGGUGGUUCAUCGAAGGGUCAGGCAUGGCAGAGUAGCUGUGACUGGUGACAGGCUAUUGAAGAAAACGCAGGAGUACCCGCGCAAGUUCUGCAAGAAAAUCUUGCGGUUGCAUUUAAAAUCCGUGGAGCGGCAUGGGAAGAAACUUCAGAAGAAAAUGGACUCUGGCCCACGGCUUCUCUUGGGGAGGAGCCAGGCUGGGGAGUAG